GUCCGGGAUGGCGCGCCAGGUGCCCGUCGCCUUCCAGGACCUGGCCGUGCGGUUCUCCGAGGAUGAGUGGCGGCUGCUGGGGGAGAAGCAGAGGGCACUUUUCCUGGACGUGAUGCAGGAAAACUAUGAGACACUGGUCUCCCUGGGGACAGCAGAGCUGCCCCCCCUCUCUGCCUUCCUGUCUCCCACGGAGCCUGGAGGACCCAUGGAGGACGGGAGCUGCUCUGGUGACAGGCAGGAGCGUCCUAGGGGAGGAAGCCCCUUGACAGCUGUGAUGGAGGACACUUGCCCUCUUCAAGGCCCGCUUGGCUGCCUCCUGGACACACCCGUCAGCCGGCCUGGCCUGGCCGCCACGCCCAGCGGUAGCUCAUCCAGUGGCCCUUCUGGAGCCAGGGGGCAGGGGAGCCCCUUCCCCACCGAAACUGCUGACAGGCCAAGGUCCGUGGAGGAGGAGGGCCCAGCAGCCCCGGGCGGGGAGCCCAGCCCUCCCCCCUGUAGCCCCGGCAGGAGGGAGAGCCACGGGAAUCGGGAGAGAGGGCCCCCGGGCACAGGAGCUACAGGAAAAUCUCCAGGGAACAGCCCCUUGCAAGGCCUCAUCAACUGCCUGAAGGAAAUCCUCGAGCCGGGGCCCCAGCCCUCCGAGGGGCCCCUGGGCAUACCGCAUCCUGUCCCGACCGGUGCUUCACGGCUGACCAGAGCCGAGCUGGGGCCUGCGAGCCCACCCUGGGCAGUGAAGACAGAGGCAACCUCAGGGGAUUGUCCCCUCCAGGGUCUGCUGAACUGUCUGAAGGAGAUCCCGGAGCCCCAGGACAGGCAUCCCAGUCUCUCAGGGGCUGGGGACUCGCGGCUGCAAGAGGACCCGGCUGCCUGGAAGAGGAGUUCUGGAGGGCCGCGACCCCUCCAGACCCCUCCUCCCGGGCCUGGGCCUGGUCCCGGAGCUGGCAGCGUGCUCUCUGCGGUGAAGACGGAGGACAGCUGGGCCCCGAGCCCCCUGUUGCCUGUGUCCUGUCAGCUCAGCAAGCAGACGCACAGCCCUGCUGCUGCUGGCAGCCCUGGGGACAGCGGAGACACCACCCGGGUCCGAGUGUCCUGCUGGGGCCCUGCGGCUCAAGCCGGCAGUGCCUCGAGCUCACCCCUGAAAGCCCUGGAGGCCUGUCUGAAGGGCAUUCCCCUGAGUGGGUCGUUACCUCCCCAGCCGCCCAUCACCUCUUGGUCCCGGAGCCCCCAGCCAGGAGACACCGGGUCUCAGAGGCCCGAGCUGCAGCCCCUCGGAUCACACAGCAAAGAGGUGAUCAUGGGGCCUCUUCUGGCUUUGGGCCUGCAGGGCUGCAUGAGAGACAGCCCUGCCCUCCCCCCAGGCUCCCAAGGCACCCCCACCAGCUUCUCCUCGUCCAGCAGCACUGACGGGGACCUGGAUUUCCAGAGCUCUGAGGGCAGCCAGGGGCACCGGCCUGGGAAAGGAAGCCCUGUGGGAAGCUCCCCGCUCCAGGGCCUGGAGAACUGUCUCAGAGAGAUACCUGCACCUGGGCCGCAGCCUGCCGGGUCCCGGUCCUCAGUGGGGGACAGGGGGCCACGGAGAGCAGAGCCUGGGAACUGGACAGCAGACAAGGAAGGAAUAAGAGGCGAGGCCUGCGAACCAGCCCAUCUGGGACAGCAUCGGGGGAACGUGCCCACCAGGAGCCUCCAACUGGCCAGCCCGCAGGUGCUUGCCUCUGGCACCAUCCCCACCUGCUUCCAUCGAGGCCUCAAAGACCCUGGGGCCACCAGGCCAGGACGGUGGAGGUGGCUCCAAGAUGAGCCAGCCUCCAAGCCCUCCCCACUCCACUGCCUGGAGAACUCUCUAAAGGGGAUCUUGCCCGGGGGGCCCUUGCGCUUCGCCUGCCUGGCCAGUCCCAGCGCCAGCACCAGCGCCAGCCCUGGCUCGAGCUUCAGCAGCUCAGAAGGAGAAGACCUGCGGCUGGAGCCUGAGCUCUGGCAGCCCCUCCUGCUGGAGAGGGAUCGCCUUCCCAGCUGCAAGGGCCUUGGCCCUCUAUCCCUGCGCCCUGGCGGCCCCUGCGCUCACAGCAGCCCUGGUGAGGGCCCAAAGAAAGGCGAGCCCAAGUACCACUGCAGUCUCAGUGCAGCAGGAAAAACAGAAGAGAAGACCAGAGGCAGGUCCCAGUUGCCCUGGAGAGAAGUGUGCUGCUCAGAGACCCCAGGUCAGCCUGGCCCCCUGGGCAGCACUGGAGGAGGGACAGCUGUCGAUCCCUGCCCGGCCCCUCAGCUGGAGAAAAGAAGGGGGCCAGAGCCCUGCCAGCCCCCUGGGUCAGCCCAUGGUCCCCUGUCCUGGAAGCCGAGGGCAAGUGAAGAAUCUAGGGGCCUGGGGCCUGGAGACGGAAGACCAGUUGUUACAGGUGAAUUGACGGCCUCCCCACCCCAUCGCAUCAUCAUUGCUGGGGACCCUGCAGCCAGGACCGGCGGGAGGCCCCUGCCCCGAGGUCUGCCCGAGCCGCCCGCCGUGGCCGCUGUCCCCCCGGCUCUGCCGCUCGGCCUGUCUCAGGAAGUGGCCGCCGUGAGGACCCAGGUGGAUCGGCUGGGGCGGCGCCCGAGGGGCCCUGGGCCUAAGGGCCUCCCCCGGGGCCCUCGCUGGGCCAGUAGCCCUGCUCGCAGACACCGGCCCUACUGGAGGCAAAAGGGCCCCACCAGGCCCAGACCAAAGAUCCUGGGGGGCCCAGCAGAAGGCAGCAGGGCUGGCGACUUGGGCCUGUCCAGCGGGAGGCUGCACCUGGUGCCUCAACUGCCUCCAGACACCCACCCAGCAGAACCUUCUGGGCCCAGCUCCAGCCCUUCCCAGCAGCCUCUCUCCUCAGCAUGCAGCAGCUGCACCAUGCUGACUGUGCAUCACCCCCUCAGACACACUGGGGGCUGCAAGAGCCCUCCUCCCCCUUCAGUGCCCACUGCCUUACCCCCCCAGGUGGCCCCUGCCAUGACCAGUGCAGAUGUGGAACUGCUGGCUGCAGUAGCUGUACCCACCAGGACUCUAAACUGGCCCAAGGAUCCAAGCCGCCUGUUGGUGGGGUUCCAGAGAGCCCUCGAGGGGGAACUGUGGGGCGGGGAACACAGGGACCUGAAGUGGGGGCCCCCUGAUUGCCGUCUUCAUGGGCUCAGUCCUGCUGAGGAUGCUCCACCCAGGCUGCCUCUCCAGGGGGCCAGCCUCCCCGCUCCCUCGCCUCCAGCAGAACCUUCCCCAUAUCUGGGCCGUGAAGGGGCCGGGAGGCUGCCCUUGGCCUGACUGCCCCAGACUCCAGGAUGCUGUCUGCUCAGGGAUGCCACCCUUUGGUGUGCAUCCCCCAGCCAAGCCUCUGGCUUUCCUGACUCAGGUUAAUUUAAAUGUCACUUCUGUCCUUCCUGCCAGAACCCUGGAGCUGGCCAGGGUGGUGUGUGUUUGGGCACAGGCAUGCCACGUGUGCCUGGAGUGCUCCCAGCAGCUGCAAAGGGGCCAGGAGAGCACGUUUUCCCAACACCUGCUGUCUGGAUCCCAGCGCUGAGAAAGGCGGAACUCCGCCCCCCUGGUCUAAGCUGGAUUUACCUAUAUGGAUUCUAAAGUCAAAGAAGGGGGUUUCUAAGGGAAAGGUCCUUGGCUUCUACAGAAAGGAGGUCAGUGGGGCCACACUGGAGUGUGGCUGAUUGGCUGUUACCAGCACUGGAGACAAGCCGGCUCGGCUGCCUGACCUUGCACACCGUGCAGAGAAGUCAUCAGUCCCUCCGCAGGCUGGGGGAGGAGUUCCCGGGUGACUGCUGGGGGCAGAGUGCACACAACACGCGCUGUACUGGUUCCAGGGCCGCAGUAGCCGGGAGCCUUAAACCACAGACAUUUACAGUCUAGCCAUCCUGGAGGCCAGAAGUCUACGGUCAAGGUGUUGGCAGAGUUGGUUCCUUCUGAGGCUGUUCCAGGCCUCUCUCUUUGGCUUGUCACUCAGUGGCCAUCCUCGUGAUCCCAGGGCGCUCUCCCUGAACUCACAUCUCCAAAUUUCCUUUUUGUCUAAGGACACCACCUUCGUGCCCUCACUGGAACAUGGUUGCUUCUGGAAAGACCUUGCCGCCAAAUAAGGUCACAUUCUGUGGUGCUGGGGUUAGGACUCCAGUAUAUGAAUCUGGCCAGGGGUACACAGUUCAGCCCCUAACACACACAGGGAGCUGGGCUUAUCCGGGUUCCUUAAGGGAGAAGAAAGCAUGUCCAGGGUCACUAGGCCUGCUUCCCUGGUGGCCAGGCAGGCCUGCUCUGGGCCCCACCCCUCAGGUGGCACUUGGUGGAGUCUCGGAAAUGGCCUUCUAAUCAUCUGCCUCACUUCCCUCCCCAGGGUAAGAUCUUCUCCCAUUCGAGUCCUUACUUGGGAAUCCUUGGGAGGGCUCUGCCUGGCGUGGUUAGCUGUGCUGUCGGGGAACCUGGGUGCAGUACUGAGGCUCCAGCCAGCUCGGGGGCCCAGAAGGGACUGUAGGCAUGAUGACUGCACAAGGGGGGGCCUUGUGGCUGCUGUACCAAGUGUGUCCCUAAAAUCGGGGUCUUUGUGGACACUCAGGGCCUGGCCUGUGCUCCUCGCUGUGCCUGUGGAAGAAGCAGGCUGCUGAUGCUGAUGGGCCAGACAGACAGACCAUGACAGGCGGGUGCUAGAAUGUUCCCAGGACUGGCAUAAGUCCCAAGAUGACUAACUUGAAAGCUAGUGUUGAUAAGAUCAUGUAAGUAGGAUGUUUAAAACACAGUCUCUUCACGUUUAGCCAUCCUAGAGACUCAGGAACAGGAAAGUUCUAGACUUUCCACUCAGGAAGGUGAGACCAGCUCCUUUCCAGGCUGUGCAGGGAGCAGCGCUGGGAACGUUUCAGAGCCAGUACAAAGGGCAGGACUCAGGGGAGGAGGAGCUCCCUGCACCCUACUCCGCACCCCUCGGGCCCAUCCUCUCCCUCCUGAGCAGGGGUGAUGAAGGCUGCACCCCUGUCUACCUCUGGGUGGCAUUUUAAGGUUUGGAGCUUCAGACUUGACAGAUACCAGCCCCCACACAACCCAGUGCAGCAGGCAGGAAGGACCACAGAGGCCUGGGGGCUGAAAGGGCUUUGCUUGUGGGCGCACAGCCUCCCCCGGCACAGUGGUCGUCCCCUGGGCACAGCCUGCCCACCUUGGCCUGCUGCGGCCCAGGCCAGAGGCUCCAGAGCCAACCAGACCCUGUAGGAAACUCAUCUUUUUCAAGAAUGAGGCAAGUAAGUAAUAAAAUGAAAGGGAGACUCCCUGAUCUGCAGCCGUGUUCAUCACCCAGUCCUCUGCCACCUGGACAAAAAGCCUUUAGGUUGUUAACUGCGAGGCCUUCUGCAAUCAGUGAUUUGGUGAAAAGUCUGUAUGCAGUUGAGGAGUUUGGUACCAUGUCCAUCUCCAUCUACUUUGUGAGGCAAUGUGGUCACCUUGGUGGGAGAAACCGGGGGCCUUUUUGAACUCAGGAAUUUCUGGGUCUGGAGUCGGGGCCAUCUCCACCUGUCACCGCCCUGGGAAGUCACCAGAAAACUUUCCUUCCCUUCCAACCCUUCCAGUCACAGUCCUCAGUGUCCCAUCUACCGCCAGCCCACCCAAGGUCACUGUAAACCUGGAAAGUGGCGAGGUCUUGCCUCAGCCUGUCAGAGCGGGUGCCCCCCGGUCUCCAGGCCAGCCCUGAGGGGUCCAGUGGAAGGGGGUCUGCAUUAGGGGUGGAGAGGUGUGGGGACACAGUGCCCUGGCUGAGACGCCCCAUGAUGUCACCGGUCUCUCCUGAAGGAGCUUCGCGCAAGGGCAGACCAGACCUGCUCCCCACCAGUGUCCUUGUGUUUUAGGUGUGGCUUCUGUAAAUGGCUGACUGUUAGACUUUGUCUUUUAAUCCGGCUUGACAUAUUUUGCUCUUUACUUGGAGCCCUUAAUCCACUUAGGUGUAAUACAAUUGCUGAUAUAUUUAGGUUUGAAUAUACUCUUAUUUUG